AUGAGCCCCUCAACAGUGCCGACUACUGCUUCGAGCAACAACCUGAAAAGCGCUGGUGAAUCUUGGGACAAAGUCGAAGAUAUGAAGCAAAAUACGAGAGUACAAGCUGAAUCGCAAAGCGCAAGCAAAGUCACUAGUGCCAGUCAAACUUUGGGUGCCGACUACCUGUCGAAGCUCUUUUGCGACAAUGUAAUAAUCAAAAUCUGGAAGACAGCCAUCGACCACCUCGCGCGCGAGGAUCCCCCGCAAUCAUUCCCCGAAACAUGCCCGCAGACCGGUCCCCAAGCAGGGCACUAUCUCUACCGAGACGCCGAGUUUUGGACCUGCGGCUUCUUCCCCGGCAGCCUGUACUGCUUGCUCGAGCGAGCCGUCCGGUAUCCGCACGCCUUUUUAACUGCUGCUGCCGACAAGAGCGGCGACGAAGAUGGCGCAGCAGCAGCAGCAGACUUGCGGAAGCGCCUGCGAUCGGAGCUGCUCGCCGUGUGUCGGCGGUGGGCGGCGCCGCUGCACGGCAUGUCGAGCCGCAGGGACACGCACGAUAUCGGCUUCAUUGUCGAGCCGGCGCUGCGGCGCGACUUUGAGCUCACGGGCGACGCGCGCAGUCUCGAUGCCAUUGUCCAUGCGGCGGAGAGCUUGGCGAGCAGGUACAGCGAGACGACCAAGGCCAUACGGAGCUGGGACCGGUUCGUCAAUAACGGCAACAACUACAUUGACAUGGACUCGGAAUUUCUCGUCAUCAUCGACAGCAUGUGCAAUUUGGACCUUUUGUACUACGCAGGCCACCACGCGUCUUCCCAGCACCUCAUCGACAUUGCCACCACCCAUGCCCACACCAUCCGCAAGACACACCUGCGCCCCGAAGAGCCCAGCGUGCCCGGCUCAUCCAAGCACCCUCUGCUGUACUCGACGUGCCACGUCGCCAACCUGUGUCCCCAGACGGGCGCGAUCCGCGAGCGCCUCACCGCGCAGGGCUACUCGGCCACCUCGACCUGGUCGCGCGGCCAGGCGUGGGCCAUUCUGGGCUUUGCGCAGACGCACGCCUGGACGCGCGACGCCGAGUUUUUACGCACCGCCUGCGGCCUGGCCGACUACUUUCUGCUACGUCUGCAGGAGGCCCCAGCCUGCACAGAGCAAGAGGUGCGGCCUGGUGUGCGCGCCGGCCGGCUGGUGCCGCUGUGGGAUUUCGACGCUCCCGUGGACGAGGACGAGGAGGCGAAGCCGCUGCGCGAUGCGUCGGCGGGUGUGAUUGCGGCCAACGGGAUGCUGUUGAUUGCUCAGGCUGUAGCGGCCGAGGGCAACGCUGCGCUGUUUGAAAAGUACCACGGGGCUGCGCUGGCGAUUGUGAGCGAUACCAUUGCGCUGUGCUACGCGGCGGAUAGGGUUGAGCUCGUCGGGCAGCAGCAGCAGGAGGAGGAGGAGGAAGGCGGCGCUGAAACGGCCAGCGUGGUUGCGAGACGGGCGCCGCCGGAUUCAGAGGCGGAGUCGUUUGAGUGUAUUUUGAGAUGCUCGACGGCGAAUAAUAAUGAGAGCUGGACAGACAGUUUUUCUUUUCUCGUCAUCAUCACAGGCACUGUUGUCAUGUUGCAGUUUACACAGAGACCUGUGCCGUUAAAUACAUGCAUUCUCCAUUCUCUUUUUCCCCAGAACCAGAUCAACCCCACGGGGAACAAGAGAGAUAGCAGCAUGUCGGACACCACGGCCAUGAAGCACAAGUCUUCAAUUGAGAAAAUCCCGGCAAGUGACGCCGAGGUGAUGCACUACGAUGCGCAUCCGUCAGCCGAGGAAAUGGCCGAGGCCAUUGCAUCAGCAAAGCUUGCACCACUCAGUCGUCCUCUGCUCAAGUUGUACUGCUUCUGCGCAGUUGCAUUUCUGUGCUCUACAAUGAACGGCUACGAUGGUUCCAUUUUCGGAUCUCUACCCGCCAUGAAAUCCUUCCGCGACCGCUUCAACGUCGGCAAGACCGGCCCCAAGCUCGGCUACAUCUCCGCCAUGUACACCGUCGGCACCGUCGUCUCCCUGCCCUUUACCGGCCCCGCCUGCGACUUUUGCGGCCGCCGCGCCGGCAUCCUCCUCGGCAGCCUCAUCGUCGUCGCCAGCACCGUGCUCUCCGCCCUCGCCGCCGACACCCCCACCUUUGUCGCCGGCCGCUUCUUCCUCGGCUUCGGCGUCAGCAUCGUCCGCUGCGCGAGCUCCAUCUGGUGCGCCGAAAUCAGCCCCCCGGCCUACCGCGGCGUCCUGACCGCCUUUUACAACUGCACCUACGCCGUCGGCGCCCUCAUGGCCGCCGGCGUCACGCGCGGAUCCGUGCGCUACGCCGGCGACGCCCAGUGGCGCGUGCCCGUCUGGUGCCAGCUCAUCUGCCCGGCCAUUGUCGCUGCCUUUGUGCUCUUCUUCCCCGAGUCGCCUAGGUGGCUGUACGCGCACGGCCGCGAGCACGAGAGCCGCGCGUUCCUGACAAAGUACCACGGCGACGGCAACCCGCAGCACGUCCUCGUCCGCGUGCAGAUUCAAGAGUACAGGCACGUCAUCUCGCGCAACGGCUCCGACAAAAAGUGGUGGGACUACAGCGACCUGUACAAGAACCGCGCCGCGCGGUGGCGUAUGCUGAACGCCCUCAUCCCCUCGGUCUGGGGCCAGUGCUCGGGCAACGCCGUCGUGAGCUACUACCUGCCCGCCAUGCUCAUGACCACGGGCAUGACGCGCUCCGACCAAAUUCUCAACAUCAAUCUCGGCUACACCGCCAUUUCUGCCGUCGCGUCCUAUGUCGGCGCCAGUCUCAUUGAGAAGAUGGGGCGCCGCCCGACCAGCAUCUGGACCUCGGUCGCUUGCUCCCUGUGCUUUGCGGGCAUCACAGCCGGCACAGGCAUCUUUGCCGCGACAAAGGCGCACAGCGCCGCGUCGGCCGGCAUCGCCUUCAUCUUCAUCUUUGGCUGGUGCUAUAAUUUUGGCAUGACACCGCUGCAAGCCCUCUAUCCCGUCGAGUGUCUGUCAUACGAGCAGCGCGGCAAGGGCCUGGCCUUUGUCUUUGCCUUUGUCCACUGUCUAGCCUUUGUCAAUCAGUUUUGCUUCCCCAUCGCGCUGCAAGACAUUGGCUGGAAAACGUACAUUGUAUUCAUCGUAUGGGAUCUUAUACAGGCAACAAUCAGCCAUCUCUUCUCCGUCGAGACAAAGGGACGAUCCCUCGAGGAGAUGACGGACAUUUUUGACGCUCCCAAUCCUGUACAGGCUUCGUUGCGCAAAGUCAAACAACACUCCUCAGAUGUAUGA